CCUGAGCCAAGGGCAGACUCAGUAACCACGGAGCCACCCAAGUGCCCCAAAGUUUGCAAAUGAAAAAAACCAUCAAGUCAUCACUUUAAGGAAAACACAAACAUGCCUCUCCGGGAGACAAGACUCACCAACAAUCUCCAACCCCCCCAAAUCGCUUACAUUCCUAAUUGGUUUAAAAGCUACUCUCUGGACCAAGUGAUUCUCUCCUUGUUUUCACACACAGAGGGACUCUGCCAUCAUUCCCCGCCCUCAGUAGGUCACCUGGAACUUGGGUUGGAGGCAGGGUCCUGUGGGUGUGUCCUUGACCAUGUUCCAGAAGAUCUACCCUUCCGUGGUCCUUGCCUCCACGGACCCAUUGCCUCCCCGAUGCAAGGAGCCUCAAGGACACGGGCGCCCAGGGCUACAGCCUUGAAGGCCAGCAGAUGCAAGUGUCGAGGUGCUGAGCGGGUCUGAGACACACAUUGCCCGUGCACAUCACAGCCUGUCUCACCGUGACUCUCGGGGGCAGGCUUGUUAGAGGGGCCUGGAUGCGAGGCCAUGUGGCUGCCCCUCCGUGGGAAUGGCCCCUGCAGCAGGGCCGAGGUGGGAGCAGCCUGCAUGUGGGUGAGGGGCUGCAAAAGCCAGCACGUGAGUGGGUGGAUGUCCCCCAGGCGGGGGCGCGUGUGGGGUGGCGGGCCCUGGCUGACGCGUGUCCCCUCCGCAGCGGGCUGGCGCACGAGGCCCACAGGAAGGAGGUGGAGCAGGUGUACCUGCGAUGUUCCGCGGGCUCCGUGGAGUGGAUGUACCCGACUGGGGCACUCGUCGUCAACGUGCGGCCCAACACCUUCCCGCCGUCUCGACACCUGACUCUCUGCAUCAAGCCCCUCAGGGACUCCUCGGGGGCCAAUAUUUAUUUGGAAAAAACUGGAGAACUGAAGCUGCUGGUGCGGGACGGGGACCGCGGGCCUGGCCAGGUGCUCUGCUUUGGCUUCGAGCACGGUGGCCUUUUCGUGGAGGCUGCGCCCCAGCAGGACAUCAGCAGGAGGACCACGGGCUUCCAGUACGAGCUGACCAGCCGGCACGCGGGGUCGGACCUGCAUGCUCUGUCAGCCCCGUGCCGCCCUUGCAGUGACGCAGAAGUGCUGCUGGCGGUCUGCACCAGCGACUUCGUCGUCCGAGGCUCCAUCCAGAACGUCACCCACGCACCAGAGCAGCAGGAGUCCGCCAUCCACCUGCACGUGAGCCGGCUUUACCGGCAGAAGAGCAGGGUCUUCCGGCCGGCCCCAGAGGGCGGCGGCUGGCGGGGGCGCGUUACCACGCUGCUGGAGUGCGGUGUGAGGCCUGGGCGUGGUGAGUUUCUCUUCACCGGCCACAUGCACUUUGGGGAGGCCCGGCUUGGCUGUGCCCCACGCUUCAAGGACUUCCAGAGGACGUACAGGGACGCCGAGGAGAGGGGCCUGAACCCCUGCGAGAUGGGCACAGAGUGACCGUGGGUGACCCCGCCGCUGCCAGGACGGGUGCUCGGAUCAGGGGCUCCCUGGUGCUCAAGCCAUGGAGGCACACACCGCGAGGUCCUGGCUGAGGGCUCCCUGACUGGUGGGAAAUGUUGUAAAAUGCAAACUAAGUUAUUAUAUUUUUUUUUUUAAAAGAAAAGUCCAUAGGAAACAAACUCCAGUGUCUUAAAA